AUGGCCAAGCAGAAGUUCAUCCGGGACAAGCCACAUCUUAACGUCGGCACCAUCGGUCACGUCGACCACGGGAAGACCACGCUGACCGCAGCCAUCAGCUACGUCCUGGACCAGAUCGACAAGGCACCGGAAGAGAAGGCCCGCGGCGUGACCAUCAACAUUACUCACGUCGAGUAUGAAACCCCGGCGCGCCACUACGCGCACGUGGACUGCCCCGGCCACGCUGACUACAUCAAGAACAUGAUCACCGGCGCGGCCCAGAUCCAGCCCUUCCUCAUGCCAAUUGAGGACGUGUUCGCCAUCAAGGGUCGCGGCACCGUGGUCACCGGCCGUGUCGAGCGUCGAGAUGUUCCACAAGCUGCUCGACGCGGCGAGCCCGGCGACGCAGUCGGCUGCUUGCUCCGAGGCGUGGACCGCGACCAGAUCGAGCGCGGCCAGGUCCUGGCCAAGCCCGGUUCCGUAAAGCCCCACAUGGAGGCGGACGCCGAGGUCUAUGUGCUCACCAAGGAGGAAGGCGGCCGUCACACACCGUUCUUCCCCGGCUACAAGCCGCAGUUCUACAUCCGGACCACUGACGUGACCGGUGAAAUCGGGCUGCCUGAGGGCGUCGAGAUGGUGAUGCCCGGGGACAACAUCAAGAUGCGUGUGAAGCUCAGCGUCCCUGUCGCGAUGGAGGAAGGCCUCCGAUUCGCCGUCCGCGAGGGCGGCCGCACGGUGGGCGCGGGCGUCAUUACAAACGUGCCCGAGUAG